GGAGUUGAUGAAAACCUAUAUGAACAGGAUCUUUAUAUAGAUUCCAAAGUUCCAGUUGACAAUACUGAGAACCUUGAUCAGGAAGUUAAUAAUAUUGAGAACCUUGAUGACCAAGAGGUUCCAAAUUAUACUGAGAGUUUUGAUUUAGACAAAGAUGAAUUAAAUAAUUUUAAACUUCCUGCUAAUAAUGAAUAUGAUUUCUUAAAUUUUUCUGACUGA